CAAAUGAAAUGAUCACCUCUAUUAAAAAAGCAUUCGUUAAUCGUUUACCAGAUCUAGAUUGGCUUGAUGAUAAAACUCGUAAACUAGCUGUUGAAAAGGUUGAUGCCAUUAUUCAAAAAAUCGGUUAUCCUACAAAAUCUCCUAACACAUCAGAUCCAAUAUCCCUUCAAGAUUAUUAUAGAAAUGUAAAGUUUGAUCAAGAUGAUUAUUUUGGUAAUUUGUUGAGUUCUCAUUUAUGGGCAUCUGACAUACUAUGGAAGGAAGUGGGUAAACCGGUAAAUCGUGACAGUUGGUACAUGAGUCCUCAGACUGUUAAUGCAUACUAUAAUCCUACUGGAAAUGAAAUCGUAUUUCCAGCUGGAAUACUUCAAUUUCCAUUCUUCAGCUCCAAAGCGCCAGAAUAUAUAAAUUAUGGUGCUAUCGGUGCGGUGAUCGGGCAUGAACUUACGCAUGGAUUUGAUAAUAAUGGGAGACAAUAUGAUGCGACUGGCCGGUUAACUCAAUGGUGGUCCAACGCUACCAUUGAAAAUUUCAAAGAAAAAGCGGAAUGUUUUGUUGAUCAAUACUCAAGUUAUACUAUAAAUGAUACAAAAGGUGAACCAGUACAUUUGAACGGUCGCCUGACCUUAGGAGAAAACUUGGCAGAUAAUGGAGGGUUAAGGGAAGCUUAUGAUGCAUGGUAUACCCGAUACAAAAAUGAUUCAGACAGAGAAUAUAAUAAUUAUUUGUUGCCUGGGUUUGAUAAUUUGACUCGUGAACAACUAUUUUUUAUUGCGUAUGGACAUUCUUGGUGUUCAAAGAUAAGACCUGAAACGGCUGUUCAUACUGAUCCACAUUCUCCUCCAGCUUGGAGAGUCAAUGGUGUUUUACGUAAUUCGCCGAAGUUUUCGGAGGUCUUUAAAUGCAAACCAGGAUCAAAAAUGAAUCCAGUAAAAAAAUGUGCCCUAUGGUAA